AUGGUGGAUGUUUCUACCAAAGACAAUACGAAGAGAACCGCAAUGGCUUGCUGUAUAGUUGUUCUCGGUAAAAGAGUUUUCGAUUUGGUCUUAGCGAAUCAAAUGGGAAAGGAGAUGUUCUUGGAGUGGCGAAAAUCGCUGGCAUUAACGGAGCAAAACAGACCAGCAGCUUGA